AUGGUAAAUCCUUGGGCUACUGGAAGGCAUCUGCCAGUUUGGUGCAAGAAUCAUGUCAUUCAUAGACUGUGUGCGUCUUACAAAGCCACUGGCCUGUUUCACUGCUAUCGUCAUGGUACUCAGACAAUACCCACCCUUGAGCAGAGGCUGCACAUGGCAAGUCAGUGGCUCUUUAGGGACGAAUCUUCAAGUUUCCUGUUUCUGUACCACAAGGCGAGUAAGCAUCCCUUUGGCUUCCCUGUAGCUCAGCUGGUAAAGAAUCUGCCUGCAAUGUGGGAGACCUGGGUUGGGAAGAUCCCCUGGAGAAGGGAAUGGCUACUCACUCCAGUAUUCUGGCCUGUAGAAUUCCAUGGACUAUAUAGUCCAUGGGGUCUCAAAGAGUCGGACACAACUGAGCGACUUUCACUUUCGGAAACCUGA